UCGCUUUUACAUUCCUGAGCCUGAGAAACGAACGCGGUGGAAAGUACGGAAGAAGUGGUUUGACAGGUGCACCGAAUGCUAUUUUUGAAAUGUUGAAUUAAAAAAAAAUAAUCGUCCUUUGAGCGCGCUGUGUGGUUUGGUCGUCGGACACCUAAAGAGGAGAGCUCUCUCUGUAUUGAACACCUAUUCAGCUGUCAUGUCGCGGCACAGGAGACAGGCAAGCAUCGAACUCCUGGAGAUGAUUGGAGUGGUGAAGGAGAACGGGUACCAUUUUGAUAGUCCUGAGACAUCCCCACUACUUCCCUCAGUGCAUACUCCAUGUCAUACGACUAUGUCCUGGUCGCUAAGACAGUGGAUGAUCCGAGGAAAGAUACCUUCAAGAUGCAAGAGGCCUUUAUCGAGAAACUAAAGAUGAAGAACUUGAAGAUAACAAAAAUUAUAGACGACACUGUUGUCUUCUACGGUAUCCAAGCUCCAAAUGAAGUGUUUGAGAAGUACAGGUAUCUACUGAAGGUGUCUGAUGCCUGCAACUGGAGUGAACAGCAGGGAAGUGUCCCUCUUUCCACCAGGAUCCGCAUUGUUCACUUUAUCCUGAGUCAUGUCUUCCUUAAUACAGGAGAGAACCUGUUUGAACUUUUGAAGAAGAAAGUGUUUGAAGCAAAGUUCUGCCUGCAUGAGAGGAAAACUCAGAAGGAACUGAGGAAAAGUUGGGCCAGAUGGACUGCCUGUCUCCGGGGACAACCAAUCAAUGAUGUCAGGAACUACUUUGGAGAGAAGGUGGCUCUGUACUACCUGUGGCUGGGCUGGUACACCCUUCUGUUGCUCCCUGCAGCUCUGUUAGGGGUCAUUGUCUUCCUCUACGCGCUGGCUUUCUACAACACCUCGCCACUUAUAAAGGAGGUGUGUGAGUCUAACACGAUCAUGUGUCCGCUGUGUGACAAGAGAUGCAAAGUGUGGCUACUCAGCGAUACCUGCCUCUACGCCAAGAGGAAACUAAAGGAUUAG